GCCAGACCCCACUUGGCCACCUAUCACCAAAUCCUCUCUAUAAAAGCCCUUAAUCAUCUCUUCUUACACUUCAAUUUUCAACCCUCUUUCUGUUUAUUUCCCAUAGAAUCAAAGAUCUGAAACAAAAAUAAAAAUGGAUCUCCUUCUUCUACAGAAGGCGUUAUACGCAAUAUUCUUCGCAAUCGUAGUGGCAAUAGUGAUCUCAAAACUAAAAGGCAAGAAAUUCAAAUUACCACCCGGCCCAAUCCCAGUCCCCAUAUUCGGGAACUGGUUACAAGUCGGUGAUGACUUGAACCACAAAAACCUCACCGGUCUCGCCAAGAAAUUCGGCGACAUUUUCCUGUUAAGAAUGGGGCAGAGGAAUCUAGCAGUUGUCUCAUCCCCAGAGCUAGCCAAAGAUGUUCUCCACACACAAGGUGUCGAAUUCGGGUCUCGAACUCGAAACGUCGUGUUCGACAUCUUUACCGGUAAAGGACAGGACAUGGUUUUCACCGUGUACGGUGAACACUGGAGGAAGAUGAGGAGGAUCAUGACUGUUCCGUUCUUUACUAAUAAGGUUGUACAACAGUAUAGGUUCGGGUGGGAGGCAGAGGCGGCAGCGGUGGUGGAAGAUGUCAAGAGCGACCCUGCUGCUUCCAAGGAUGGGAUUGUUUUGAGACGGCGAUUGCAGCUUAUGAUGUACAAUAAUAUGUACAGGAUUAUGUUUGAUCGACGAUUUGAAAGCAUGGAAGAUCCUUUGUUUAAUAAGCUAAAAGCUUUGAACGGGGAAAGAAGUCGUUUGGCUCAGAGCUUUGAGUACAAUUACGGUGAUUUUAUCCCUAUCCUAAGACCGUUUCUUAGGGGCUAUUUGAAUUUGUGUAAGCAAGUUAAGGAGAAGAGGUUGCAGCUUUUCAAGGAUUACUUUGUUGAUGAGCGCAAGAAACUAACAAGUACAAAGGGAGCAAGCAACAAUGACCUUAAAUGUGCCAUUGAUCACAUUUUGGAGGCUCAAGACAAGGGAGAAAUCAACGAGGACAAUGUGCUUUAUAUUGUUGAGAACAUCAACGUUGCUGCAAUUGAGACGACAUUGUGGUCAAUCGAAUGGGGAAUAGCAGAGAUAGUGAACCACCCAGAGAUUCAGAAGAAGCUAAGGGAAGAGUUAGACACAGUGCUAGGAAAAGGUCACCAGAUUACUGAGCCAGACAUGCAAAAGUUACCAUACCUAAACGCAGUGAUCAAGGAGACCCUCAGGCUGCGUAUGGCCAUUCCCCUCCUAGUCCCUCACAUGAACUUACAUGAUGCCAAGCUAGGCAGCUAUGACAUUCCAGCGGAAAGCAAGAUCCUAGUCAAUGCAUGGUGGCUGGCUAACAACCCGGCCCACUGGAAGAAACCCGAGGAGUUCAGGCCCGAGAGGUUCUUGGAAGAGGAAUCUAAGGUUGAUGCCAAUGGAAAUGACUUUAGGUUCCUUCCCUUUGGAGUUGGACGAAGGAGUUGCCCAGGGAUCAUCCUUGCCCUUCCUAUUCUCGGUAUUACGAUUGGUCGUUUGGUUCAAAACUUUGAGCUGUUGCCACCACCUGGACAGUCCAAGAUUGAUACCUCUGAGAAAGGUGGUCAGUUCAGCUUGCACAUCCUUAAGCACUCUACCAUCGUACUUAAACCCAGGAACUAAAUAACCCAAAUUACUACCAAAAUUAUCUUUUUUUGCUCUCAUCUUUUUUAUCUUUGUGUUUCGAUCUACAGCUGAACCCAGACUUUCUCAAUCGUUUCGAUUUCUUUUUUCAUUUUGGCCCGCUUGUUUUGUUAAUUAGUGAUUAGUGAACUGCUGUUAUUAUUUAUUUGGUUUACAAAAUGUGUAUGUGACAAGAAUUUUCAAGCAUAAUAACUUCAUCAUUUCAUGCCCUUA